UUAUCUAUAUAGUGAAGUAACUGCAGUAACGAUUUUUAGGUUACUUUGGAUCAAUCGUUCUUGUUCCGGAAACAAGGAAAGCUUAAAAAUGUCUAAGAGGAAUCCUGGGGACGAAUACAGAAAAGGGUCAAGUGUCUACAGAGCAGAGGACACCCAUGGGGACAGCAGAGUGGUAAGGGAUCGUUCACCACUAAGAUCAGAUGACCACUGUGAAUCUGCCAACUUUAGCCAAGGUGAUGUCAAGAAACAGAAACUUGCAUUUGGGUUUGGGAAAAGGCAAACUGGUGCUGACCAAAAGAAGGGAAUUCAAAUCAAACUAGGUUCUGCUGCUAACUCUAGUACAAAAACCACUGUAGUACAGCGACCCACAGUAGCAUCAGUAUUUAAUGCAGACGAAGAUGAUGAACCGGAAGAAAUGCCUGCAGAAGCAAGGAUGAGAAUGCGAAAUAUUGGACGAGAAACACCUACCUCUGCAGGACCAAAUUCAUUCGGGAAAACAAAACAAGGCUUUUGUGAUUCCAAAAAGAUAUUUGAAAAAACGCUUAAAAAAGCGAUGGAAGAAGCUAAUAAAUGAUUUCUUAUUUAAUUUACGUUUGAGCUGUUGUUAAUUGUACAUUAAUUUAAUCUAUUUGAAUUACUAAACUUAUAUUAGAUCUUCGAUAUCAAGUUUUACUAUUUCAUUAUCUAGGAAGUAUCAAUUUUUUAAAUAUAAAUUACUAUAUAAAUUACUAUAUAAAUUAAUAACGGGAUGAGACACUUAAGGCUUCAUUUGCUUCUUCACAUCACAAAGAUUAAUGCUAUGAUUUUUAUAAAUUAAUAGUAAUUUUACUUAUUGACUUUAAUGAUCUGUUUCUUAUCAACAUAAAAAUAUUCUUGAAAAAGCAAUAAAGUGUAUAUUUAUUCU